CAAUCAUCAGAACCAUGGCAGGCAGCAGCGCGAAGCGGAAGCGCGAGUACAGCGAGGACGAGAAGCUCAGCCACCAGGCGUCGGUCGCCUUUUCGCGCGAGCUCAAGAAGAUCAAGACGUUUGAGCUCCAGAAGGUCAUCAAGGUGCUCGGGAAGGAUCCGGAGAACCCGGCGCUGCAGAUCCAGGUCGAGCUCCUCAAGAACCUCGACAUUUCGCUGGUUGUGCGCCGUGCACUUCUUUCUCUGGGCCUCGACCCGCCGGCGAAGCAGGCCAAGGCCGUCGAGCUCCCGGACGAGCUUGCCGCCAAGAUCAAGGCGAUCGAAACCUCGCUCCUCAAGCACAAGCGUCUCGCGCCCGUCAUGAAGACGUGGAAAGAGAAGACGGGCGAGCGCGCCGAAAAGCUCUUCAAGGAAGAAAACGCCGAGCUCAACAAGUCGCGUGGCAAAAACGGACUCGGUGCGCGUAGUAGCGCAGCGCCUGUCUCACUCUUCGUCGGGACGCUCUCGGGCUUUGGCGACGCCAACGACCGCGCCAAAGAGGAAGAUGUGAUUGCCGAUUUUUUGGGCGAGAAGCACAAGAAGAACCGUCCUGGCCAGCGCGCCCGUAAGCAAAAGGCGCUCAUGAUCGAAGCCGCCAAGACCGGUCGGCCCGUCGAGUCGGGCGGUUCGUUCCGUGAGAAGAAGGAGCGCCCGAAGCCGGCGAAGAAGCCGUCCACGCCCGCUGCUGCCAAACCGACCAAGCCCUCGCGCGUCGAGCGCACGCGGCCCGAGGCACCGGCCGUCGACAAGACGUCACAUCCGUCGUGGGCCGCCAAGCAGGCCCAGAAGGACAAAGAGAAGGUCGACAUUCACGCCUUCUCGGGGAAGAAGGUCGUCUUUGACGACUAAUAAGACUAUAAAUGCACACGUGAACCGACCG